AUGGCUGGUCCCAGCAGCUUGAAUCUAAGCUCCCGCGUCAGCUCUGACUUCGACGGUCUCUCAGACGAUGGAGAGGAGUUUGUUUCGAGCGCCAGUACGACGUCGAGUACGUACGAGUCGCAGACGAAGGAAACCAUGAUUGCGGGGAAUUCCAGUCCCCAGCACCCGCAACCCGCUACGGGGCCGUUGGAUAACCACCCGCCUAAGAGUGUUGAAGCUAAACCGGUGGUUACGUGUUGUGCUCGCUCCCAUACAGCUUCCAAACAGUCGGAGAGGAAGCCACUCAACUUGCUUGAUCUGCCCAUGGAUAUCCUGCAGGAGGUCAUGAAAGAGGUGACCCACACGACUGACCUGACCUCCCUUGCAUUGACCUGCUCUGCUCUGCAUUCGCUGGCGAUUCCGCAGAUGUACUCCCGCUUCGACAUCGUCUGGCCGGAGACCUUGUCGACCUCCGACCAUCCGGCUGGCGUGGAUGCUCUCUCGUACGGCUUGGCGACUUUAGUGACCGGGGAGGAUAUAUUCCACGAGGUGCCUGCGAGGUGGCCCCAGCCAUGUCCACACUGCGGUUGCCGCACCCCGCCACCAGGUCCGAUUGAGACGGGCGCACCACCGCGGGUCCGGCGCGGGAAUUACUACGCGCAGUACACCCGCAAGUUCUCCGUCGGCAACGGUCCGUUGGUAUGGGUGCAGGAGUAUGCGGUGACCAAAGAGACGGGCAAGAUGCUGGGGACGCUGGUCGCUUUGGCGGUCGCCCGGAUGGUGAACCUGGAGACCUUCGUCUGGGACAUGCCCACCGGGGUCUUGCGCGACGUGUGGGUGGCACUGGCAUCCCUCGCGACACGGCCGGGGCACGACUGUCGUCUAGAACGCGUCUGGGUCCGCUGGCAUGAUAACUCCGAGAAUGCGAUGCGGUCGCUGGUCGCUACCGCCCCGACUGCGUCCUCGGUUACCCUCCCCCAUACACCAGCGCCAGGGCCAGGGCUAGGAUCUCCAGGGAAUAGCACCUUGUGGCAACGAUACGGACACGUGGAAUACCCCUCCCUGUCGAUUCUUCCCCCCCUGAAGAGCCUGAGCGUUUUGGACAUCGACGAACCGUCGUAUUUGGAAGAGAUGGGGGUGUUGGUCGACCGGUCGCGUGGCCGACUGAGAGAACUCCGUAUAGGGAUAUCUGCUAAAGCGUAUCAAGCAGCGUGGCUGAAACCGGCCGGUGCCUGGCAAGCCGAGCAGCCAACACCUCCAAACAGGAUUAUUGGUUGGCCCCGAUCUGGGGGCGUACUGGGGGUCGUCCUUGGCAAGUCGGAAGAUCUCACCCGGCCCGAAUUGAUGGCACGCGUAUCUUCCCCGAAGGAGGAUUCGGUCGAGGCGCCUUCUGAGACGGCUCAGGCGGCCGCUGACGCUGACGCUAUUUUCGGGGAUGGGGUUAUGUUGACAGCGGGUUCUCCGCCCCAUUCCAAUGGUGGCGUCAAUGGGCUCGCCCUAAAUCUGGAACAAACACAUCUCGCUAGCCCGGCUGCCUCAGUCACGCCAAAUAGCAAGCCUCCGCCCGUUCCCAAGGGGUCAUCGCGCCCAUCCAGACCUCUCCCAACCGGACCUGAGCAUGACCGCCGACUGUUACAGCUUGAGACACUCGAGUUGGAGCGGGUUGCGUUGUCGAUCCCGGUGGCAGUGCAUGCUCUCGACUGGAGUAAGCUGACCACGUUGACGAUCCUUCGCUGCGAGAAUCACGAGAAGCUCUGGCGGGCCCUGCGGCGCCAGUUCUCCCCGUCACAAUCCCGGUCGAAGAGUGGAGACAGUCCAGAAUACACCCUGAGGCUAAAGCACAUCCAUACGGACGCUGUAUCGCCUUACCUGCUGCUGUUCAUCAAAGAUACAUUAGCGCCAAACACCCUGGAGACGCUAUUUCUGCACGAGGCGCCGAUGUACGAGUCGAUCGUCAAUAUUGACGCAAUCUACAAGAACGCAAUUCGUAAUCACCACCUGAGUCUGCAAAAGAUCCUGGUCGACAGCGCACAACGAUCCCCUGGGGGCGCGGAGAUCACUAGCGUGCGCUGGUACAAAUGGAUGUUCACGCGACAGAUGAUCACCUUUAUGAGCAGCGGCCGGAUGCCGCGGCUGAAGGAGCUCUCGAUCGCCCUCCAUGCCAAAGAUUGGCACUACUUCAUCCAGAGGCUCCCAUACAUGCCGCAGCUGCGCGCACUGCACAUCCCGCAUAUCGCCCGCCACGUGCACCGAGACCCCAAGGAACUGGCCAUGCUCAUCCUCGACAUCGUCACCAUCCGGCCAGAGAUCGGACUGACCUACGUAGGCCUGCAGAGUAAAUGCUACGAGAUCCUGGAGAGCAAGGACGGCGACGCAGGGGGCGAGUACUACGACACGGACGACAGCCACAGCGAAGGCUUCGUGCCCGGCGGCGAGGACUGGGCCGGCUCGGAGACUAACGACGACGACGAGGCCGACGACGACGGCGCCGCCAGCGCCAUCCAUUCGCUGUCCGACGUGUCCUCGGACGACCGCGGCUCCUCCGACGGCGAGGACUCCGAGCUGGAUUACAACCGCCCGCGCGUCUCGUUCCGCCUGCGCGAGAUCCUGUUCUACGAUGACAAGGUCGCCAUUUUCAAGGCUCGUCACGGCGUAUUGUGA